AUCAUCUCGUAUUCCAUAUCUAUCGAUCAGCGGAAAUAACUCCGAGUAAUUGAUCUUACAAGAAAAACGAUAUAUUUGCGAUCAUUCCCAAAAACUAGUCAUUGAACAUCAAAAUGGUAGGAGGAUUAGAUGAUUCGGAUCAAAAGGUGGAGAGAGCAGAGGUGGAGCAAUAUGAGACAAGUCCACCAGCAAAGAGAUCACUUGGUGGAAAAGUAAAAAGACAUUGUGCUCGAUUUUGGUGGAUUCAUCUUAUAAUUUUCUGUGUAACAUUUCUCAUUAUUGCAUUAUGUCUUGUUUAUGUCGCUAUGCCUAAGAUUGCUCAAGAUGGUGUUAAUGAUUCUUCUCUCGAAAUCACUCAACUCAAAUUCACAGAUCCAACUCCAGAUACCAUUGUUCUCAGUCAAGUAGGAAUUCUUCACAGUCCUUCAAUGUACACACCUACUCUUGAUCCAUUCAACGCCUCCUCAUACCUAGUCACAAAUGGCCAAUAUGCUUCAUCCCCAAUGGUCAUCAUUCCUCUACCCAAAAUCCACGCUCUCCACCCUAAAUCUACCAUCUCCGUUGAAAACCAAGAAGUAUCCAUCGUCAGCAUCGACGCUCUCUCCGACUACACCACCGCCGUCCUCUCCAACGAAUACGUCACCACCGCUCUCGUGGGGAAAACCAAACUCCACGAAGGCGCCCUCCCCGUCAUCACAGUAAACUACAACCAAACAUCCACAUACAAAGGUCUCAACGGUCUCAAAGGUUUCAACGUCACCAACGUCCGCGUUAACCUGACUGCGCUCUCCGGCCCAAAUCUUUCAGGCUACGCAUACAUUCCCAAUCCGUCUGAUAUGACCAUCGUCAUGGGCGACGUCACUUUGGAACUUUCCACCGCCGCGGGAGUCGUAGGUAAUUCCACCAUAGCAAAUAUGACACUCGUACCGGGAAAUAAUACGCUCCCGAUGACGGGAACGAUGGAUCAAACAAAGGUUCUCGGAAGCGCGGAUCUGACGACGGGAAUCGUGCAGUUGAGUAUUGUGGGCAAAAGUGCGAUUUACAAUGGGGAACAUUUGGUCUAUUAUGAGAGGGCGCUUGCGAGUAAUAAUUUGAGCUUGGCGUUGAAUGUGGCGCAGGUUGUGAAGGAUAGUGCUGGGGGGUUGAUUUGA